AUGACUGAAUUUGACCAGGGAUGGGGAACGACGAUCGUUCUCGGGAUACAUCCCUCCCCGAGAUUGCUUCCCUUGCAUCCCAUGGAGCUAUUUGAUGGGAGGAGGAUCACCGGCUGCGUGUUUGGAGACUUCAAGGGAAAGUCCCAGCUCCCGGCCAUCGUAGACAAGUGCCUCACAGGGGAAAUUAGGCUAAAUUUGGAUGGGUUCAUAACCCACGAGCUUCCAUUCACGGAGAUAAACAAAGCUUUUCAAUUGCUAGAGGAAGGAAAAUCCCUGAGGUGCUUGCUCCACCUUUGAUGUUCCUCUGAUAGAGAUGACCGUGGGAGACUUGGAAAUUAGUGUUUUUAUAUGCUCGUGGAACAGACAAGAGUAGGUGGUUUCUAAAAUAAUACUAUUUACCAAAUAAAGAUAGAAUAUUUCUAAAAAAAAUUACUAUUUCAACUGUUUGGGCCAUCGGAUGCCUGAUUUACCAUUUGGUGGUGAGAAUAGUAUAAAAGUAGUUAUUUUCAGAUGCAUUCUUGUUCAACCCUUUUUUAUAUUUCUAUAAAUGCUGACUUUACUUUUUUAUAUUUCUAUAAAUGCUGACUUUAAUUUGGAGUACUUGUCAAUUAUUAUUUAUUUAUUCUCAAUUAUAAUGCAUGAUUUUGUGAGGUACC